GAUCUGGUGCAGCAUUCAGUUUAUCCGAAGAUCUGCUCGUUAAAUCAAAUAAAAGUAGUUCUACAACUACCAAAGAAUCUUCAAGAUCGCUCCAGUGUACGGUGCCUUUAGCCAAUGUGAAGUUUAACCGCAAAGGAUUUCGGAAAUUCAAGGCUGAACUGUUCCACUUCCACGCGACCGUGAUCGAUUCCUUUGGCCAAAUUGUUUGUAAUGGACACUCAUUAUCGCCCACUUGGAUCCUUACAACACUCUCUUGCAUUCGCUCAUUAAUGACCACAUCUAGUGACAACACGGGCAGUUUCCCUAUAAAUACACAAGUCAGAAUUGGGCACGGUCACCCGAGAGAGAUAAACAAGGUUAUUGUCCAACCACACAAUGGUUCACUGGCUUUACUUCGGGUUCACAGUAAUUCGUCUUUCCAGGAUGAACAUCGUAUUGGUGACGUGUGUCUAAUGAAUAAAACCGACUUCUCCAUCGUUACAAAAACACUCAAGACCGGAGCUUUUACUGCGAAUGUCGACGGUCGUAAGUCGGGCUCGAAACUGAAGGCAAUCCGUGCCAAAUACAGCCCUGCAUUUUGUUCAAGACAACGGAAUAAAAUAUGUGUCCGCAUGCAGAAUCGAACCCGUCAGAAAAGGGGUUUAUUUACCUUAGGAUCACCAUUAUAUUUUGGGAGUUCAUCUAAUUGGCGUUUAGUAGGAAUCGGAUCAGGUUUUAAAUCAACAUCAAACACAGAAAUAUCCCCGACGCCAUCUUUGAACAUAGUUGAUUUCUAUCCUUUGUGGAAUAUUUUAGAAUGGUUAAAUAGAACUAUUUCGACUUGAAACACAAACAGUAAAAUAAAAACUACAUGAAACAAACAAACAAUAAUACAAAAAAGCAAUCAACUCUUUUCUUUCCGUAAAAUGAAAUGUAAUAAAAUCUAAAAUAAGAUUCUGUAAAAUAAAAUUCUAAAUAUUCUAUAAAAUAUCUGUGACUACGAUGAAAAAAAACUAUGAAAUUAUAACAGAACAAAAUCGUAACUCAUAACAAUCUUUUAUCUCUUACUUGCUUCAAUCAUUGGACUGCGGCCAUGCUGAGGCACCGCCUUGAAGGGCUUUGGAAAAAUUGACCCAACUAGUUAUGUUAUUUUCUUGAAGUUUGUUACCUACUCUGUCGGUGUCUUUUGUCAAACCACUAAGUUUCAGAGACGUAAACAAAUCAAUACCGGUUGCUAAGCGGUGGAGGAACAAACACACUAAAAAAUGUAUAUGCAUAUUUAGAGAGAAACAUAGAUAAAUACGAUGGGCUUCCAUACAGUUUCUGUAUACCAAGUUCACUCGUAAGGCAUUAACCUGUCCGAGGCUUGUAGUAUAAAACACUUCGCCACGGUGCCGUGCAUUGAGACUGAACCCAGAGUCACGGGGUUGCAAAACAAGCUUCUUAACGACACAACCAUACUUAUAAACAUUAUGAUUGCUUUUUUUUUUCGGAGUAUUAAACUCAUCUUCAGAAACGAAACAUUUAACUCUAAUAAUAUUUACGUUAUGCUUCAAAUGCUUUCAUCUUCCAUCGUCAUCAGGUGUGUAUUUUUCCAGGUAUGUACAUAAUAUAUAAUACAUAACACCGAAAUCGAUUCGUAUCAGGAACCUGUAUGUUUACACAAGGAUGAUAGCACUGUUAUCCUUGAGACUCCAGUCAUAUGGGCCAUAUAUGCAGAUAAGACAUCUGAUGACGAUUGGAGGUGAAGACCUGAUUGAAAGUUCGUGCAGAUGUAAAUACUCAAAGAAAAAAAAUAAUAAAAUAAAAGAAGAAAAGAAAAACUUCACCUCUAAUGACGAGGUUAUGAUCUGAAAAAUUAA